GCCGAGAGAGAAUGUACUUUCUUAGCAAUCCAGUACUGCUUGUGCUGUUUCAUAGGAAUAAACUCUUGGAUGAACAAAUUGGGGUUGCCUGAUUUUCUGACACGGAAAUUCUGUCUUACAAAGAUUUUUAAAGCCAUACAGGCUGGGCAAUUACUGUGAAAUCUUCAGCUUGAGACUCACCUUGACUAAUCUGGAUCACGUGUGGGAUGACUGAGAGUGGAUUCACAAUGGACAAUUCAGAGGAGGAAGAGGAGUUCCACGAUGCUGUGGAUAGCUUUUUUGAGCCUCACUGUGAGGAAGAAGAUUCUCUGACACAGUCUGACCAGCCCAGCCGUCCUGUGCAGAUUACUGUAACUGAGUUAUGCAGUGAGUCAGUGUCUCUGCAGUGGGACACUCCUGCUGGUGAAGUGGAGAGCUACAUUGUGACUUGCUGGAAUGAUGGGAAAACUUUGCAAGAGCUGGCAACAGACACAAACAGUCUCACCUUCAGCAGCCUGGAGCCAGGGGUGUGUUACUCCUUUUAUGUUUCAGCACAACUGAAAAAUGGAAGAAAAAGCAAGCCAGCAGUAACAUCUGUCAAAACAAAAACAUACUUGGAAAGCUUUUUGAAGGAUCUUGGCUUGGACGAGCACUACACAGUGAAGUUGUCACUCAGCAAAAUACUUGAAAUUGAUGAGAAGACCAUCACAGAUGAUCCUGCCAAGUGUAAAUCAGAUCUUUCAUGGUAUUUUUUAAAGAAACUGAUGAUGGGUAAUGUGACAGCUAGGAAUGUGAAAUAUAUAUCUCUUUGUGAGUCAAACUGUGAUGAUGCAUCAGGCAGUACAGAGUUAAAUCUUAAAAAUCUCUUCAGUAGUCCAAACACAGGUGUUCUGCUAAAUCCACUUGACAUAGUUGCUGCUCUCUUUCUGUGUUCUGAUGGUUUUCUACAGCAGGAAAUGGCACUAAAAAUGUCCAUGUGUCAGUUCUCUGUUCCUCUGCUGCUUCCCAACUGUGACACAAAACAGUGCACACUCAUGCUGUGGGCCAUGAGAGAAAUUGUUAAAAAGUACAGACCUCAGUCUCUUUCAGAUUCCAAGGGAUUCAUUGAGGAAAGAAUUGUUCUCUCUGAACUUCCUAUGGUCUCUUUUGUCAGACUGGGUGAGUGCUCCUUGUCCAAAUCAGAAAUUCUCAAUAAGCUUCUGAGCAACUCUCAGCAGUACCAUGACAGCUUUGUGCACCGCAACAUGGAGUGUGGUGACAGUCCAAGAAGAAUAUCCAACGGAAUGACUGAAAUUUCUUGGUAUCUUCCUUGUGGAAACACAAACAUCGAUGUUUUCAGUCAGCCAGUUGCUGUAGCUAACCUUCGUGGGGACAUUACUUCAUCUGAAACACAAUACUCCUUUUUGUGUCAGACAUCUGCAGCAGUUUUUGUGUUCUUUGACCAUUUGAACUCCGAGUGCAAUCUACUUGCCAACCAACACCACAAGGCACAGAUCUUCUUGGUUGGUAACUAUGAGAACAAGAGCUUCACUUUAGAUACUUUAGAAACAGUAGCAACCAAGUUGGGCUUGACUAACAACAACAUCAUUAUUAAGACAAAAACAAAAAAUGAUGCAGACUUUGUCAAAAGUUUGAGAAAAACAGUCAGAGAUGUAGUUGAGAACUCAAAGAUGAAGAUGAAAAUAGAGCAGAUGGUGGACAUUGCCCAUGAACUGGGAAUCCUGGUAGAUGAAGACUCUCCAGAGUGCCAGAGUGCAAAGAAAAAUGCAGAAGCCAUCACUGCAGAAAUUCAAGACAUCCUUAAAUACAAAGAAGAUCAGCUGCCAAGGCAAGGCCAAAUAUGGAAAGAACUGACCUGCUUAGAAAAAGAAGAAUUUCGGUUUCGAAAAGUUGGAUGUGAAAACAUUGAAGAUUACAAAAGUGAACUUCAGGUACAGAAGGAAGAACUGCGUAAAAAGCAGAACUCUUAUGACAUGUCCACAGCUAUGACAUGCUUCAUCAAUGCAAUAUCAAACCCAGGAACAGAGAGGUUUUAUUUCCUGAAAUGGAUGCGAAUGAACCUCGAUAACGUGUCUCGCAUAAAACUGUCUGAACUUCGUGAGAAAUAUAAAGAAAAAUGCAAGAACUCUGAGAACAAAGAGGAGAUCAAAGAAAUUGACAAACAACUUUCCAACAGCUCUCUGGGGACUGAACACUUCUUCCGUGAAAUGGGUCAGAUCUAUGAAGCCUCACUGUCCCUUUCACAAACAGACCCAUCACGUCAACAGUUGCAGCAUCUGCCCAAACUGUGUGCAGAGUUGUUGCUCAGUGGAUUUCCCGUUGAGCUUGUAGAUGGAGAUGCAUCCAACAUCCCUCUCAGAUGGGUGAGUGAUGUUCUCUCUGAGCUCAGUGACUUGGUGUCUCCAAACAGAAAGAUACUGGUGGUCACAGUUCUUGGAGUUCAGAGCACAGGAAAGUCCACUCUCCUUAACACCAUGUUUGGAGUGCAGUUUGCAGUCAGCAGUGGUCGAUGUACUCGAGGUGCCUUCAUGCUGCUCAUAAAAAUCAAUGAAGACAUCAAAAAAGUCCUAAACUGUGACUUCAUGGUGAUCAUUGACACUGAGGGCUUAAAGUCACCAGAACUCGCACAACUGGACAACAGCCAUGAGCACGACAAUGAGCUCGCUACACUUGUUGUUGGUCUGAGUGAUGUCACCAUUGUCAAUAUUGCAAUGGAGAAUUCAGCUGAAAUGAAGGACAUCCUACAAAUAGUUGUUCAUGCUUUUCUAAGGAUGAAGGAAGUGGGAAAAAAGCCUAAAUGUCAGUUUGUUCAUCAGAAUGUGUCGGAUGUUUCAGCCCAUGAGAAGAACUUACGAGACAGGAAACUGCUCCUGGAACAGUUAAAUGAGAUGACCCAGGCAGCAGCCAAAAUGGAAAAGAAAGAGGAGAACAAGAGCUUCACUGAUGUGAUGGAGUACAGUCCAGACACUGGGAACUGGUACAUUCCUGGACUCUGGAAUGGAAACCCACCAAUGGCACCAGUCAAUGCAGGAUACAGUGAGGCUGUAUAUGAGCUCAAGAAAAACAUCAUCCAACUACUGAGAAACUGUGAGUCAUCUGCUAAUGAGAUCUUGGAGUUUAAAGAGUGGAUGAAGAGUCUGUGGAAUGCAGUAAAGCACGAAAACUUCAUCUUCAGCUUCAGAAACAGCCUAGUAGCUGAUGCAUACAUGAGGCUCUGCAUAGAAUUCAACAAAUGGGAGUGGGAAUUCAAAAAAGAAAUGCACACCUGGGUAACAAAUGCAGAAACAAGAAUUUCCAAUUUUGGUACAGUUGCUGCAAAAUCUGAAUCUUCUGACAUGAAAGAAUUUCUCACCUGUUUGAAAAGUGAAGCCUCCAUAAAGCUGUCUACAUGGGAGACAAAGCUUCUAAAAAAUCUGGCACAGUAUUUCAGGCAAACAGAGGGUCACGUGUAUCUGGUUGAAGGAUUCAAAGAACAAUUCUCAAACAGUGCAAAGAGCCUUCGAAAAGAAAUGGAGAGAUCUGUUUAUAAUCAGCUCACAGCAACAACAGAAAUCAGAGAAGGGAUGACAGAACUUGAAAAAAUCAAGAAGAAUCACACAAAAGAGAUCGAAAAAGCAGUUUGUGCACUAAUUGAUCAGUGUCGGAAAAAGAAUGUCCAGAUGAGUGACAAAAAGCUAGAUAAUGAGUUUGAUAAGAUGUGGAGUGAAACAUUGGAGAAACUUUCUUUUUCUAAACAAAAGACCACAAAUGUCUUCACCAGCAUCUCUCACUCCCUGAGAACAAAUCUGUCACACAGAGGGAGUCGUGCAUGUGAACUAUUAAGUCAAAAACGUCUGCAAGAUUGUGGAAAAGAACCUUUCAAAAUUACUGCUGAAGGACUCAACAAAAUUACACACAAAUUUUGUAAGAUAUUCAACAUUCAAGAUCACAUUAUGGCUGCACAAAAACUAUCUGACAGCAUCAUAGAUCCUUGCACUCUAUUUGUGAGUGAAAAAGUGAAAAGAAAAAACAAUUACUGUGACACUUACAUCCAGGAAGUCCUACACAUCAUUGAUGAGAAGCUGCAGAACAAUAAAGAUGUUCAGACUGACAUCGAGUUUGAAGUGUCUCUAAAACAGCACAUCUGUGGAUUUGCAGCCAGAGAGUUUCAGAAAAUGCACGAAGAUUUCAUUCAAGCAAAUGAUCCCUACAGAUGUCUGAUGAAAAACAAGGAAAGGUUUUGUGAUGAUUUCAAAGAUGUGUUCCAAGAACGAGACCAGUGUCAGAAGAAGGCAGAAGAAUUCACCAACCAGUGCUUGAAGCCUGCUGUUGAAGACUUUAUCAAUCGUUCCCUGGGUCUUAAUAUCAUUGAUGAAAUGCUGACAUGUGAACAGUUCAGCACACGAAUGUCCUUCCAGUAUUCAGUUUUACUGGAUUUGCUUUCAAAGGAUGUUUUUGAAAACUAUGUGAGCUAUACUUGCUCAUAUGAGAAGUAUGUAAAAACAUGGAUACUCAACCAAAUACUGGAGCGUUUCUCAACUGUGUCGACAAUAUCUGAGUUUGAGAACCGACAUCUCCAGUCAUGUAUCAGGAAUAUAAAUGCUGCCAUCAAGAAGGCCAAAACAGGAAAACGCGAUGACUUGAAGACAUUUGUUGAAGAUAUUUGCAAAGAACUUGGUGAUAAACUGGUUAUUUCCCAGGAUGCUCUUGGUCCUUUCAUGAUCCUGAACAAUGCUGACAAGGAAGAGUUUUCUCACUGGCUCACAGCGUCUGUGAAUGACAUGGCAGAAAAUCUUAGAAAAGCGUUUCAAUCACUGGGCUUUGAAAAGAAACUACAUCAUCUCCAUAUGCAGCCCCAGAAUGAGCUAUUUAACAGACUGAUAGGGUGUGGAAAACAGUGUCCAUUCUGCAAAGCUCCCUGUGAUGCAGGAGGAGGAGCCCAUACUGAGCACUUUGCCUUACUGCAUAGACCAGAGGGUCUGGGUAGAUACAGGUGGGACAAAACAGAUAAACUUGUCACUGACAUAUGCUCUUCUCUCGUGAUCAGUGACAGCCGUUUUCGCUGCAGUGCUACAAAUGGUCAAUGGCACCCUCACAAGAAUUACAAGGAAAUUUACCCAGACUGGAAAAUCCCUCCAGAUGUGAGCCUUGAGGGAUCAGACUACUGGAAAUAUGUGAUGGCAAACUACAACACGGACUUUGCCAAAGAAUAUGACGCAGCACCAGCUGUAAUUCCCAUAACCUGGAAAAUUAUCAACUACCAGCAGGCCAAACAAAGCCUGAAAGAGUCCUUUAGCAUCAUGUGAGAUGAACAAUCCUUAAUGUAAACUGAAGACAAGAUAUGCAAACACAUAUAUAUCCUGGUCUUUUGGUAAUUUGAUUUCAUGUCAUUUUAUUGUUUUUGACAGAAGUUCCAAAAGAAGGCAAUGUCAAAAAUAUUAUAAGUAGACCUCGAUAUUACUUUUUGUUGGAAAAUCACUUUAUUUAGUCCUCUUUGAACAAUUUAUAUUAAAAUGCAUUAAGUCUAUGUUUAUGUGGACCUUUAAAAAAAACCCGAUGCUUUCAGUUAAAUAUUUUUACUUUGAUUAAAUCUGACUUUGACUUUGUGCGCGUGAGAGAAAGACUGGUUCAUGUCUUUCGAUUGCCACUUAAAAAGACUGUGUGGCAUUCAUCAAUGCAACGUUGUUUUUAAUAAGUCAUAUGAAUUAACAGCUUUUAUUGGUUAUUUUCUUUUUUCUUUUGUUUGUAUGAAGUAUCUGAUGUCAAAUAUUUACACUAAAAUUGUUUUCAAGAACUAAAUUUGUCAUUAGAGAGAUGAAAGUUUUUGUAUCUGAGUGUAUGCUUGAUUUAUUUUCCCUGACAAAGUCUGCUAUUUGUGAAGCAUCUGACGUUGAAUGAUUGCAUUUAUAUUGCAUGUGGAACUGUAAUUGAUUAACAAAUUUAGUUGACUGUGUUAUUGUCCACAUAAUGGAUUUAUUUCUUCUAU